GUAUAUGUGACGGUAUGAAUGGUACGCCCUUUCAGGUUAUGCUGUAUAUUGUUUGUUGUAUGUGUUAGUUGUUUGUGGCACCAGUAGUACAGAGCGCCUGUAGGUUAACAUCGCGAGAGAGUCAGAGAGAGUCAGAGAGAGAGAGAGAGAUAGUUAUCACAACACAGAAAAAAUAUCAUACAUUUCAUACAGUAAUACAUAUAUAUAUAUUGAAGACGAAAGUGAACUCUCGUUUUGAUCGUUAGUUUUGUUGUUUUAGUUUUGUUUUUUGGUUUUUUUUUGUUGAUUUUUCUCAUUACAAGAGGUCUUCAACAACAACAACAACAACAACAACAACAACAACAACAACAAUCAUAAUAACCAUCAGUCAGGCCUACAGAGUAUAUAUUUGGGAUCAGCUAAUCAAUUAUCUCAUCAAAUGAUGGUAUAGUCCGUGUGUUUGUGUGUUGUGUAUCUGUUUUUUUAUAUUGUUGUUGACGACUACCCACUGUGGAAGUGCUGGAAGUGUUUCUGUAUAUGAAAAGGAAAGUCGUCUUCAGGAUAGUUGUUGUUGUUGUUAUCAUAUAAUACAUACCAAACACUUUGGUGGUGUCUGUGUAUGUAUGGUUUGGUAGGGGGAAAGUAGGAGGAGGUCUGGUAUGUAGUCAACCAUUAUCAUCAUCACUACCACCAACACCAACACGUGCGACGACGAUCAUCGCUAAGAGGAAGGCAGGACUACCACCACCACACCUGUCAGUCAGUCAGUCAGUCAGUGUGUGUGAGGAUAAUCAACAACAACACCAACAGUGCCACCACUACUACCACAACAACAACACUAUCAUCAGCGACAACAACAACAACCAACCAACCAAUAGAUACUACCAUUGAUGAAGAAGUCGUUUAGAAGAAGAAGAAGUUGCGGUGGUUUAGGUAGUGUCUGCUACAACAGCUGUUGUCGUCCCGAUGUCGAUGAGGACGACGACGACAUUAUCGUCAACAACAACAACAACAACAACGUGACGACUGAAAGAGAUUAUCAUAUAUUAUAUAAUCACAUAUAUAUUGACUGAGAUUUUUUUUAAAAAUAAAAGUUAACACAAACAAUGUUGACAUCAGUGGUGGCCAACAGUAGUGCGUCAUCGGUAACGACGACGGCUGUUGUUGUGGUCAACAACAACAGUGGUGCCGCCGAUAACAGUGAGGCCAACAUCAACAACAACAACAACAAUGGCAUCAAUAGUAAUACAAACAAAGAUAGUAAUAAUAAUAUAGAUAUCGAUAAUAAUAAUAAUAAUAACAAUAAUAAUGGCCGACAAAGUAGUGGUGGCGGCGGCGGUGACCAACAAACAACAAUUGACGGUUCAGACAGUGCCGUAGUAGUAGUCGGGGCCACACAAGUGGCUGUACUGCAGCCGUCUAGUGUUGGAUCGCCCGAAGCCGACGAGAUAAUGAUCGGUGGCGGCGUCGACGAUGACGACGACGAUGACCAGAGGCCACCCGCAUCACCGACACAGAUACCGUCCAGCGUUGGCCAAUCGGGACUGAGUAUGUCUAUGGGCAGCGGUUCCGUUAUGUCUGUAGCGGCCACCAGCGACGGCAAUGGUCUUAUCAGUAGCGGCGGCGGCGGCUACGGUGGACAUCAUCAUCAUAGCCACGGGCACGGAGGAGGCGGCGGUGGCGGUGCAGGCGUACAACACGAUCAUCCCGAUACUAAAGAAGGUAUCGAAGAAUUGUGUCCGGUUUGCGGCGAUAAAGUUUCCGGCUAUCACUACGGCCUACUAACUUGCGAGUCGUGUAAGGGUUUCUUCAAGCGUACCGUUCAAAACAAAAAGGUCUACACCUGUGUGGCCGACCGGAGCUGUCAUAUCGACAAAUCGCAGCGCAAGAGGUGUCCGUUUUGUCGUUUCCAGAAGUGCCUCGACGUCGGCAUGAAAUUAGAAGCCGUCAGAGCUGACCGCAUGCGUGGCGGCCGCAACAAGUUUGGACCAAUGUAUAAGCGCGACCGCGCCCGACGAUUACAGCUGUUGCGCCAAAAACAGUUGACUCGGCCACCCUGUCAGGCGCCGCCGCCCGUCUCCAUGAACCACAGUACCGGUGCCGGCGGCGACAUCGGGCCACACUUUUUGGCCGCACUGCACGGCGCGCCCACUCACAUAUACACCGCCGACGGAAUCAAACAAGAGUUGAUACAAAUACCGCAGUUAUCUUCAUCGACCUCAUCGCCCGAUUCGUCCCCUUCUCCCGGUCAACAAGCGCUGGUGGUUUCGCAGUCGGCGACGGGUCAACAUUUUGUCACUGUUGGCGGCGGUCCACCGCAACAGCAGCAGCAACAACAACAACAGCCGCAACCUCCGGGCGGCGACAACAACAACGUAAUACAGCCGCAACCGCCGCACGGACCGACACAGGUCGGACCCAAUGGUGCGGGCAUUCAUUCACCAGUGCCCACACACGAGACACUCAAAUGGGGACCUCACGGCGGCGGCGGUCCCAACGACACGGCCGGCGCUGCCAGUGCCGGCACUCCGACAACACUGUCGCCCAAAAAUGGCGCACAUUUCCAUUACGAGAGCGCGCCAUCCACUGCUGCCGGCGGUGGUGGCGGCCAUACUGCCAUACCGUUGACCGCAAAUGUCGGCAAAAUACCGCCGCUGGUGCGCGAGUUUCAGCUGACGGCACCCGACGACAAGGAAUGGCAGUCACAGCUGUUCGGUCUACUCCAGAACCAGACGUACAACCAGUGCGAGGUCGACCUGUUCGAGCUCAUGUGCAAAGUGAUAGACCAGUCCCUGUUCGCACAGGUAGACUGGGCUCGCAAUAGCAUAUUCUUCAAAGAUCUAAAGGUGGACGACCAGAUGAAACUGUUACAACACGCCUGGAGCGAUAUGCUAGUACUCGACCACAUACACCAGCGAUUGCAUGUCGGACUGCCCGACGAGACUACACUACCCAAUGGCCAAAAGUUUGACUUACUAUCGCUGGCACUGUUGGGCGUACCGUCAGUGGUCGACCAGUUGCACGCGGUAACCGCACGGCUGACCGAAUUGAAGUUUGACUCAAUUGAUUAUAUUUGUCUCAAAUUUUUGCUACUUUUAAAUCCCGAUGUCCGCGGACUGGGCAACUUCAAGCUGGUCCAGGAGGCACACGAGCAAGCACAACAGGCCGUACUCGAGUACACCAUCAACUGUUAUCCACAAAUUGCCGACAAGUUUGGCCAACUCAUGGCACUGGUGCCCGACAUACGGGCGCUGACCUUACGGGGCGAAGAGUAUCUCUACUAUAAGCAUAUGGGCGGCAGUGCACCGACACAAACAUUGUUGAUGGAGAUGUUGCACGCGAAGAAAAAAUGAUUGACAACUACAACAACAACAACAUCAACAACAAGUUUAAACACAAUAUAUAGAAAUUUCAAACAUAUAUAUUUCAAUAGACAACACAAACAACAACAACAUUGACAUCACAUUAAAUAAAACAAAAAAUGACAUUAAAAUUAUUGUGUGUUUGUUGUGUGUAUGUGUGUGUAUGUCUCAGGACUUCCGAUAUGAUAUUAUUAUAUAAUUAUAUAAAAAAAAGAUAUUACUUUUUUUAUUAUUAUUAUUACUAUUUGUUUAUUAUUAUUAUUAUUAUUAUUACUAAUUUGUUAGGGACAAUGAUGUGUCGUCUAUCC